AUGCUUAGUCUAUUACAACUUACUGACUCUUCUUUUCCAACUGGUGGAUUUUCUCACAGUGCAGGACUAGAAUCAGCUCUUCAACAUAAGGUAAUCAAGUCGAAAACUGAUCUUGGCAAAAUUAUCCAGACUCAUUUGGAGAAUACUGGAUCAUUUAGUCUACCAUUUGUAAAUGAAGCCUUCAGAAAAGAUGUACAAAAUGUGAAAGAUCUAGAUGAAUUCUUUAACGCCUCUACAUCAAAUCAUGUGGCUAACAGAGCUUCUCGUAAACAGGGGAAGUCAUUCUCAGACACGGUCACCAAAGUUCACCUAAAUGAAGAGUUGCUUCGUCUUUAUCAAUCUUUAGACCAUCAUCAUUAUCCAGUGGUAUUUGGGAUCAUAUAUUCCAAACUCGGAAUAGAUCUAAAAACUACACAAAUUGCUUUCCUAUCAUCCACUUUGAAAUCUGUUAUUUCCAGUGCUGUAAGAUUGGAUAUAAUCGGUGCUAUCGAGGCCCAAAGACUACAGUUAGAAUUACAGAGAAGCAUUCCAGAUAUUGUGAAGCGCAAUGAUUCCAAGAUGGCGGUUGAUGCUGCAUUGAGAUUCCCAGUUAUUGAUGUCGUUCAAAAUUGUCACGACACUUUAUUCUCGAAACUCUUUUAUUCAUAA